CGCUAUUGCGCGCUUUGGCAUGAAGUCCUAGACCGUCAAGUAGUCAACUUAACACCUGUAACAGACAUUUCCAAGCAUAACGACGCCGAAAUACCUUGACCAUGGAUUAUUUUUGACAAUGCAUCGGCUGCUGACAGGUGUAGUGGGGGUCUGGCAACAGUGACCAUGGUGCUGUUCUUGGGUGGUUUGUUAGUGUUGGUGGUCCUCUCUCAAGCCCUGGGUUUUCAGCAGCUCCCAGAAGAGACCUCUGUUGCUGAAGAAUGGGUCCUUCUCCAUGUUGUGCAAGGCCACAUUGGUGCAGGGAACUACAGCUAUCUGCGUCUCAACCAUGAGGGACGCAUUAUUUUACAUAUGCAAAGCCUCAAAGGAGAUGCGGAUCUCUACAUCUCCGACAAGACGCUGCGGCCAAAUUUUGAUACCUACAAGCUUCAGUCUACCACCUGUGGCCAGGAUGUGGUAGUGGUGCCGGGGGAUUUCGUUAGGCCGGUUGGAAUCGGGAUCUACGGACAUCCCUCCUACAUGGAGAGCGAGUUUGAGAUGAAGGUGUUUUACGACCAGACAGCACUGACAGCAGACGAAAUUGAGAAAAACUCUUAUUCCUCAGAUGAGACCCCUGGUCAGUCUCAGCACACUCAGGGUCCUGAGGAAGUGAUGGAUGAGGAGGAAUCAAUUCUAUGGACUAUACUAAUUGGGAUUCUUAAAAUCAUACUUGAAAUUUUGUUCUAAUUUUGAUGUGCCAAAAUACUACACUCGCCACAUUCUACCCAUUUAGAUGAAAUACAAUAUAAUUUUCGGUCAACAUUUUGAUAAAGUACAGUAAUUGCUUUGGUUAACUUUUAAAUUGUCAGUCACCACCAUUCGUUUAAGUAAUAUGUAGAUUUAUAAUUUUGUUCUUAUGCAAGUUUUACAUUUGCUAGUAAAAUUAGAUAGCAUAUCAUUACAACUGACUGCACUUAAUAUGUUUAACACAACAUUUCGUUGACGGAAUCAAAUUUUGUGUGGUGCGUUUAUUUGUUUUUAUUGACCUAGGCUAGUGAAUUCUAGGUUUUAAACUGCACUAUGCAAUCACACAAGCCACCUUGUGACAAGGGUUGUACAGCUGUGCCUAAUGUGAAGAAGAAUCUUCUAUGCCUGUAGUUGUAAGAUACAAAUAAAGAAAUCACUUAUUUUUGACAAUUGCA